AUGUGCACCAGCAGCCAGAUCAUCGGAAGCCUCCUGGUGCUUUCCGUGCUGGAGAUAGGGCUGGGGGUCUCCAGCGUGGCCGUGGGGGCGGUCAGUUUCAGCCUGGCUCUUGCAGAGCGUACGCCUCAGCUGGGAGACUCUUCUCCGGUAUGGAGCGGGGUGUGUUUUCUACUUUGUGGAGUUUGCGGAAUACUGUGUGCCAAAAAAAAAACUGGACUUGUCAUGAUACUUUUCUCAGCCUGCUGUAUCUGUGGACUAAUUGGAGGAAUAUUAAAUUUUCAGUUCCUUCGGGCUCUGACAAAGAAAUCUUCAGCUCUCUAUCCGCUGCAUCUCACCUCCAUGUCUCUUGCUUGUAUUGGCAUUGGUGGCUGCACUCUCUCGUCGUGGCUCACUUGCCGGCUAGCCAGCUAUGAGCAAAGAAGAAUGUUUUCUGAAAGAGAGCAUUCGCUGCAUCACUCCCAUGAAAUGGCUGAGAAAAGACUGAGGGGUAUUGAAAUAACUGACCUGCCCAGCUGCCCAGUGGUCCCCCCGACACCAGAGUUACCUCCAAGCAGACAGGUGUCUACAUCACCACACCCUCACCUCAACCGACAUUAUUUGGCACCCUUUCUGGAAAUCCCAGCAGAGACCAAGGAAAUGACAGACAACAUGUGCAAUGGAGGACCACAUCUAAUUUAUAAUGGAAGAGCCUACUGAAAGCUUUACAAUGUACAAGGAGAACAACUGCUUUCAGGAAUUUCUUUAGGAGGAAAAGAUGUAGAUGGCAACGACUUGUGGCUUUUAUUUGCAAUAAUUUCACGGCUAAAAGCAACUGCAGUACAAUUGCAUCUCCAUGCAGAGAUUAGCUUUGGUUUUCUUUCCCAUUAUUUGAAGAUAUUUUACUGCAUAUGUUGAAGACCCACAGUAAUGAUAAUGUCCUUAAUGUUUUCUUCUUCUUCUUUUUCUUUUGUCUGAAUGAUUUUUGACGGCUGUGAUAAUAUUUGAACAAUGACUUUUCAGACUCUUACUCAGACUCGCCUUAUGAUGCUUUUUUGAAAUUAAAACAAAAACACAACA